UCCGAUGAGGAUUACAGAAUCCCCUAAAACGUGCGAGGAGGCCCACCUCCCACGGACUCGUGGGGGGGGGGGGGGGGGGAGCAGCAACGCAAUAAUGUUCAGCUUAAUAAGAAUAAUGAAAUCAUUAGUCGCAUAAAUUACUGUCAUACGCACACUUACGGAGAAGUCAGUUCUAAGAAAAAUACAUUUGAGUUUCGAAGAGAAGUGGAUUCUACAUUAAAGUUAAGCUCCUCUCCGCGACAGACCACAAUCUCAGUUGCUUUUUUAUUGUGGCCGAAUGGCAGGCAAGGAUGCUGUAUCGGUUUUGUUUUUUGCUUAUUGUUGCUUCACAUCUGCAGGUCCAUUAUCAUCAAUGCCGUGUGAAAUUUUACCUGUAGCGGAUGCGCACCCUGUACAAGCCCAGUGGCUGAGCUUCAGCACCUUAUCUGGCUGUGCCAGCAGGGAGACCAUAGGGCUCCCCCAGGAGGUGCACCUCAUCGCUCUGAGACAGAGGAGCCCCGAGGAGCCUGCACAACCCACUGAUGUUAUUCUACAUGUGAAGCCAAUUCAGUCUUUGCUCAUCCACCAGAAACCUCUGAUAUUCGUGCUCAGCUCUCCCUGGCCGGUGAUGUGGAAACUGAGGGCUGAGAAUCUGGCCCCCCAUGUAAAGCGUACCCUGCAUAUAUCAAAAAGAUCAGAGGUUCUGUUUGAGGUGGGAAAUUUUUCAGCUUUCAGCAACGUACUUGCAGAAAAUUUGCCACGUGGCAACCAACGCCUUGUUACCUGGGCAAAGAGGAAGUACAAAGCGGUCACUUCCUUCUCUGAAAUCAAAGCUGCCAAAAAUAUCUAUAUGAAUGUUGGUGAAGAUUCCAUGUCUUCCGAGACCUGUGAGAUAGUGAAGAGAUUCCGAUCUCAAAACUGCCUGACUGGUUAUGCACAGACAUCCAAAGGCUGUGUUCUGCCAUACCAAGCCCAUAAUCAUGAAAUCCACAUCAUCACAUUACAGGCCCCAGACCCCAACAGUAGUACAUUUCAGAAAGAUGUGACUGUGGAUAUUAAAGUACUGGACAAAGAUAAGCUCACUCACCAUGAUGUGCUACUCAUCCUGAAGUGUGAGAAGCCAGUCCACUGGGUGAUCCGAUCUCGAGGCAUCAUGAGCAAGUUGAAAAUCCUGACCCCAGAUGGUGUAACUCUGGAUUCUGGCACUGAAACGCUGAUUUCCAAGAUCAGCAGGCAGGAUGUUCCUUCUCAACCUCAGCUCCUAAUCCAGUGGGCUGAGGUGCAUAACUACAGUCCCAUCACAUCAUUCACUAUCACAGAUGUAGCCAAUCACUUUACAUUGUGGUUGAGGGAAUUAGAUGCGGUUGCAGAUCCUUUGAAGAGCACGUUGAGCCCACAGCUGGCUGUCCUUCACCGUUAUAAACCCUAUCCAAGCUCCCCCCGUCAGCGUGGGGUACCGCAUCUCUUCCUACCCGCACCCGUCAAGGAGAGGCCUUGGCCUGUCGUGGAUCACGAGGCCGCCUUCAGGGUUGGGCUGAGUGUGCGUUGUGAGGAGCACAGGAUGGUGGUGAUCAUGGACAAAGAAGGCCUGCAGGCCUAUGGGUAUUCAAAGGUCAAACUUACCCUGCAGGAUCCUGACUGUAAUGCAAGGUCUAACGCUACUCACUACAUCCUGGAGACACUCCUUACAGGUUGCCAAACCACCAAGUACCCUUUUUUCCCAAGCCCAGUGGUAAUCUACUUUAACACAAUUCUUAUUGGCCAGUUGCAGCCUGAGGUGGGAAGCGGCUGGUCAUUUGAUUAUGAGGACAUAACUGCAGAACCCAUGGAACCAAUAUUUUCCAUCCUGUUUAACUGCACAUACAGAAACAACAAGAGGCCUUUACCCCCAUUUCCCACUCAUGGCCGCCACAAGGAUCCUAUGAACAACAUAACAUUCAACAUGGAGCUUUACAACACAGACCUUUUCUACUACACAUUACCUCAGCCCUUCCUCACCAUCUCGGAAAACAAGCCCAUCUUUGUGGAGGUUUCCACCACCAAAUCCGAUCACAAGCUUGAGUUUAUGAUACAAACGUGUUUUAUCUCGCCCAAUUCGAACCCUAACAUAGCAUCCGAGUACACCCUCAUUGAAAAUAUCUGCCCUACGGAUGACUCUGUGCGGUAUUACCCCCGACAACUGGAAUUCCCUUUCCUACAUGCGCAAACAGACAGAAAGAGGUUCAGCUUUAACUUCCGGUCGAAGUUCAACAUGUCCCUACUUUUCCUGCACUGCGAGAUGUCCCUCUGCACCAAACGCCAAAGCAGUCAUGGUCUGCCAAGGUGUAUACAACCUGAUGAGGCUUGUACCUCUGUCAACAUGGAUGUCAUUAUGGCUGUGAUGACACUGAGCACCAAGACUUCCACCAAACCACUGGUGGUGCUGUCAGACAGCAGACCGCAGGAGCCAUCAGGACCUUCCACGCGGACGUUUCUGCAGGGUCCCCUCCAAUCCAAUAAAGACUAUGUAAUAUAUGUCCUGGAUACUCCAGCGAUGGUUGGAAUCGCUUUCGCAGCGUUUAUCAUUGGGGCUAUUUUAACAGCAGCUUUGUGGUUCAUUUACUUUCGCACAGGAUUUCUGAGACCAGGCGGUAUCCCACACAAAAAUGGUAACCUUUGGAACUACCUACGAGAGGGGUGGCUCCAGGACAAGGUGGACAAAGGAGAGACUGAAAUGUGGAGAAGUGAAGAAACCAGGAACCCAAACCAUGACAUGGAGUCCAGAAAAUGAGGCUGAGAUUCCGGAACAGGUCUGGCAGCUCAUCACAACUGAGCAAGAGAAGGAAGCUGGAAACAAGAUGGCAGCUCGCCAACAGCAUGAUGCCGGAGACAAGACCCUGGAUACUUAAAAUUGCAAACCCAAUAAUGCUGGCUAUUAAAACACAAACUCUCAAAGAGACCCAUUGUACAUGCCUUACAUCUUGUGCAGCAUGGGAUAGGCUCCAGAGCUCCCUGCGACCCU